CGUACAUCGGGGACGCAAAGAUUCCAUCCAUAGCAAUACUUUCCCCCAGAAUAUUCAUACACAAGUUUUUUGCUCAUUAUGGCAAAGGCACGCACUAAGAAGCGCACUCAUGUUCGCGCGACAAACGCCACGGCCGCAGCCAAGGGCGGCGCCUCAUCUAUGAGCAAAACCCCCAAAUCGAUGGUCAUUCGUGUCGGUGCUACGCAGGUCGGUUCUAGUGUCAGUCAGCUGGUCAAGGAUGUGCGCACGAUGCUUGAGCCUGAUACGGCUGUGCGAUUGAAGGAACGCAAAUCCAAUAGACUGCGCGACUUUACGACAAUGACCGGUCCGCUGGGUGUGACGCAUCUUCUCCUUUUCUCCAAGUCUGCCACUGGAAACACAAACCUGCGCUUGGCGCUCACGCCCCGAGGGCCGACCCUGCAUUUCAAGGUGGAGAACUACUCGCUGUGCCGUGAUGUCGAGAAGUCGUUGAAGCGCCCGCGUGGUGGUGGCCAGGACCACAAGACGCCCCCGCUGCUCGUCAUGAACAACUUCAAUUCCCCCAACGCAGACGAGAACUCCAAGGUACCGAAGCGUUUAGAGAGCCUGACCACGACGAUCUUCCAGUCGCUCUUCCCUCCCAUCAACCCUCAAGCCACCCCGCUCACCUCCAUCCGUCGUGUCAUGCUCUUGAACCGCGAACUCGCCGCCGAGGGCGAAGAGGAAGACUCAUACGUCCUCAACCUCAGACACUACGCCAUUACGACGAAGAAGACCGGUAUCUCGAAGCGCAUCCGUCGUCUCGACCCCAAGGAGAUCCGGAACAAAGAGAAGAAGAAGACUGCCGUGCCUAAUCUGGGAAAGCUGGAGGACGCGGCAGAUUACCUGCUCGACCCCUCGGCGGCGGGCUACACUUCCGCCAGUGAGACCGAAUUGGACACGGAUGCGGAGGUCGAGAUCGCGGAGAGCACCACCCGCAAGGUUCUCAACAAACGCGAAUUGCAGCGCAUGAAGGCGGGCGACAAGGAGAAGGCACAGAAGAAGAUGAGCAAUGCUCCCGGCGUCGAGAAGCGGGCGGUCAAGUUGGUAGAGCUGGGCCCGCGCAUGAAGCUUCGGUUGCAAAAGGUUGAGGAGGGCUUGUGCGAGGGCAGAGUGAUGUGGCACGACUUCAUUACAAAGUCCGAGGAGGAAGUCAAGAGCCUGGACAAGAAUUGGGAGAAGAGAAAGAAGGAGAAGGAGGAGAGAAAGAAGCAACAGAGGGAGAACAUUGAGAAGAAGAAGGCCGAGAAGGCUAAAGCCAAGGCCAACGGACAGGAAGUGGAGGAUGAUGACGAGGAUAUUGACAUGAGCGACGAUGAAUGGCUCAGCGACGAUUUCGAUGAGGACGAUGAGAAUGUGGUACAGGACGAGGAUGAAGAUGAGGAAGAGGAGGACGAGGAAGAGGAAGAGGAGGGAGAAGAUGAGGACGGCGACGAGUCCAUGGAUGAGUAGAUCACCCCGCCAUAUGAUACAAUGUGCUUCAAGUCGUCAAGCCAUUACGAUUAGCGGCUGUCCCACAGCGCUCCUUAGGCUUACCGGUCUACUCCAGACCCUCACAAUCAUCAUGCUGGAUAGCUCUCAAAUUAUCUGCGACAUGCCAAUGACCUCAUGCAAUCAACUUGAUUCAUACUUACGCCCAAUGCACAUGGGCGCGUUGAGAACAUGAUGUUUGUGAGAUGUCAACUGCUAUACGGCGCGUGAGAUAUACGCCCGGUGUGAAGGAGGAAUGGACGAGCUGACGGAAACCCACCCCGUGCAUCAGGCAUCAGGCCGAUUACAUGUUAGAUGGAAGAGGAAAAGUUAUGUAUCCUAUGGUUUGUUAGGAGUUUGCAAAUUAUACCCACGAUUUCUGGUUG